AUGGAUUCACAUCGUUCAGUUAUCAUACAAUCAAUUCAAAAAACUGCCAACGCAACAGCAGACCCUAAUCAAUUGUGGACCUUUGUUACAUCCCGGUCAGGUAUCAUUGCUUCUAAUGCCAUUAAACAAAUAAUUGACCUUGUGAAAUCGGAAGUUGUACCGUGGUCUCAGGCUCUCGAUGGUUUCUUGAAUGUGUUGUCGACAGUAUCAGGAGUAACACUUGAUGAUGUUAUUAUUGGUAUCACCGAUAUUUUGUCAUUUCACGCAGAACGUGAAAUCGAUUCAACUCUGGAUUACAACUGUCCGUUUAGUGUUAAAGCUGCUCAUGGUGGGAAAACGCAUCCCUAUAUAACUAUCAUAUCAACAAAUCCUGAUGAAACGUGUACAAUUUUGUUUUCUCAACUUCAAAGAAUCUUUGGAUCCAUUGGUUCAACUUCACAGAGAAAUUCCAAAUAUCUGCAAAAUGUAAUGAUGAUGAUGAACCCGUUUUUUGAUUUCGUGCUGCUUGAUGGCGAAUCCACUCAGAACUCUUGGUUUUUAAGGCUGUUGAAUUUUAUUGUCAACUUGACGUAUCGUAACGUCAAUGAUGAGUUUUUUCAAAUAUUCCGAGAACGUGUACUGGAUUACUUACUUUCGGUGACUCAGAAAAUCAUGCAGACAUCUGAUUCGAAUAUCUCUUCAAAAUACACCAUUAUCUCAAAUUCCAUCUAUCCCAUAUUGCAAUCUCUUGUGGAUAUUCUUCAAGCGCCCUUCGUCCGAAAUAGUUUGAGUUCAUCAUUCUUGAGAGAGUUUAGUAUUAAUCUUUCGAUUCAGAUUCUCUCUGUUUCAACUGACGCUCAUCAUUCUAAUUUGUCGACGAUAUCGUAUGUUUCAUUGCUCUCGAAUUUGUUGGAACUGCAUCAAGAUUUUCCAGAUGUUAUAUCGAAACCGAGUUUCGUGAUAUUGUGGCCAUCAUUAUCUUUCUUACUUCUUGACGCACAAUCAUGUGAAGUCCAAACUAAGACGCUUGAAAUUAUGAAAAAAUUGACGGAAAAUCGGGAAGAUGCUAUAAACGAACGGGACAUCUCUCCUGCAUUGAUUAACAUAGCCGUGUUACCCAUAUUCCAAGCGAUUUCUGAAUUACAAGGAACAUCAAGAGCUAAUGUGAUGGAUAUUCUCUUUGCAGUUCGAAGGUUUAGCAUGAUUCAAAAAGUUAUCAACGAAAGUUCUCGUGACAAGAUUUCCGCUUUACUCGAGUCGCAAAACAUUUCUGGAACAAUCAUAGACAUAUUGUCCGAGACGCGUCUUCUUUUGGAAAAUUUUUCAGAGGAAUCAAAUUUAGAAAACUCUUUCUUGAAAUCAAAUUCUUAUUUGACAAAGCUCUUCCACGUACCAUAUUUUUUCCACCAUGACGUGAAAACUCGGAUUCAUGCUUUAAACCGCGUAAUUUCUGUAAUCGGUGAAAACUCGGAAUCACAUAAAUUUCCAAUAUUCUUAAUAUUCCUCUACAUAUUAAGAAAUGAUGACUCUUCCUCGAUUCAUAUUCAUAUUUUAUAUCGCUCCUUGCCAUCCCUUGUUUCCGCCAAUGACUUUGCCAUUUCCUCAAAAAUUUUAAAAAUAUCCAUGAGUCUUAUCGAGGGAGAGGACGGUUUCAGAGAGACAAAGUUAUGCGCAGUUGGCAUACGGAUGUUGCAUAAGCUUUGCAUUCGAUACAAAGGUUGUUGGAAAUCUUUGAGAUUCGUAUUGGCCGAGUGGGUUAAGAAGAGGAAACUUGUCACGAUCUCGAAAUUUGAUAAGAUGUACACCGCGGGUGAAGGAUUUGAGGUUGAACUUGCCGCCCUUGCUACCAUGAGGUGUGAAUUAUUGAGAGAUAUGUGUAGGUCAAAUGGAAAAGAUUACGCCGAGGAAUUACUGCCGUUUAUUUCAUCGUUAUUACAAUCUGUAAUCUUACAUCCAAAGAGCUUAUGCUUGAUAAUAGAAUCAUUGACUGCUUGCGUUGAAGCAGAAGUCGCAAACGCAAGAGCAGGUGACAUAUCUCCCGAGUUUGUUUGGAGUGUUCUGUUGGUACAUGUGGCUAAAGCAAUCACGCGACGAGAGGAUUUCAACGCCCAGUUAAUUUCUAGAUUGUGUGACUUUUACAAAUCUAUUGCUCAGAGUGAUGAGAGUACGGAUGUUUAUUCCGAAUUCAAGAAGGAAAUACUAUCAUCAUACAUUUGCCCACUUGUAUUUCCUCGGAGAUUUGAUGCAACCGAAGAAGAGGGUCAAAAUGUUCUUUUUCAAAUACAAAGGGAUCGUCGUAUUCUUAGACUUGGCCUCCAGACGAUAUCAUAUUUUCCUGCUGUCGACAUUCUAUCAUGGAUUCUUCUGGAAUCACCCGAAGCAUUGUUAUCACAAAUUUUCCACGAGGAUGCGGAAGGAGGCUCUGAUCUUUGUCAAAUCGAAGAGUGGCAAUAUGUAUUUGGCAAAAUUAUUUCUCAUGAAAUCA